CAUUAUCUGCGCAACAGUCAGGAGAGACGGGGAGGGGAAAAGGAAAGGAGCAGAUCUGUCCUCUGUCUGGUCUGGACAGCAGAGCAACAAAACAACUUCAAACUUUAUAUUAAAACAUUAAAAACAACAACUCAGCCAACAUGAGUAUGUACGGCUCCAGCUCGAGACUGGCCACGCUGGGCCAGAGAAGUAAUUCGCGACAGGAUUUGGCGAGUCCAAGUUUUAGAAACGACGUGUUCGUCGGUGGAAACGGCUUCCAGGGAGAUUACCAAGGUGGAGACGUCGUAGGCGGUGGUGGUGGUGGUGGUGGAGGAUACACCUACACCACCUCUUACUCCAGGAGCUCCAUGCACGGCGGGGGGGCACCUAAAGGACAGAUCAGCCAAGGUGGUGGAGGUACAAUGAAUGUGCAGGCCAUCCAUCAGAAAGCGAUGUUCCUGACAGGCCAGUGCCAGGAAUACCUGCAGAGAGCAAAGAUGAUUCUCCAGGGUGGGGGUCCAGCUGUGGAGGCAGAGAAGCUGUUGAUCAUGGCUUCAGAAACCAUGGAGCAGAUGACGUUGUGUGGCAGAGAGCUGCAGCAAAUGCGUAUCCCUAAUGACGUAUUCAGAAGCUUAGAACAGUUCCACCACAUGCAUGGCAUUCUCCAACAGCAGCUAGGCAGCGGCGGCUUAGGCAGUAUGCCCCCGAGAGGCGGCAGAGGCAGCGCGGGUUCCCUCGAUGGGGGGAGGAUCUAUAAUGACGCCAUGUCCUGGAUCGCCCAACAGAAGCGCAUGAUUGAGACGGCUCAGUGGGGAGACGACUCUGAAACCAUAGAAAAGCAAAUCAUAAGCCACAGCAGAAGCCACAGCUCCAUCCAGAGGAGCCAGGAAGUAGACCGCGCCCGAGAUGAGCUGAACAUGAGGGGCGACAAGUACAACCUGGCCAUGCUGGAACAAGAAUGGGAAAGCCUGCAGAAAAUGUCCCACAGCCGCGUGCAGCAGCUGCGCGAUCUUCAGGGCAUCAUCGAUGAGAUAUCCCGAGCCAUCAUGUGGGUGAAUGAGAGAGAGGAGGAAGAGCUGAUGUUUGACUGGGGAGACAAGAACAUCGACCAGUACAUCCCCAGGAAGCAAGAGAGCUACUCUGGGCUGAUGAGGGACCUGGAGGAGAAAGAGAAAGAGCUAAACAAGCUGAAAGUGAAAGCAGACGGACUUGUGAACAACAACCACCCUGCAUCUGAUAAGAUUGAAGCCUACAUGGACACCUUACAGACCCAGUGGAGCUGGCUUCUCCAGAUCACUAAGUGUAUCCACAUUCAUCUGAAGGAGAACGCUGCCUACAGCCAAUUUUUCAAGGAGGCCAACGAGACCUACGCAAAGCUGCAGAAGGAGCACGAGACUAUCCGAAGCAAGUUCACAUGCGACAAGAAGACCCCGCUGGAAAGCCUCACUGAACUCCUGAGAAACCUGGAGAGAGAGAGGGAGCGAGUCAUGGAGAAUAAGAGGCAGGUCCAGAGUCUGGUCAGCAAAUCUAAGGCCAUUGUCAGGCUGAAACCUCGCAACCCUGAGGAGAAGAGCAGCAGCCCCGUCAUCGUUGAGGCCAUAUGUGACUUUAAACAAGACCAGAUAGGGAUUUUAAAAGGGAACGAUGGCAUCCUUAAGGAUAACUCGCAGCGCAGCAAGUGGCUCGUGACGGGACCUGGAGGUCUGGACAUGUUGGUCCCCUCUGUGUGUCUGCUGAUCCCCCCGCCAAACCCGCUCAGCAUCGGCCUCGCCAACAAGAAUGAGCAGUAUUAUGAAGCCAUCAUGAGCAUCUGGAAUCAGCUCUACAUCAACAUCAAGAGUCUCAUCUCGUGGCAGUACUGCCUCAAAGACAUGAACUACAUCAGCUCCCUCACUGUCAGCAUGCUAUCUAAGAUGCGUCCAGAGGAGUACCGCAGUAUCAUCCAAAGACUGGAGACUCACUACCGAGAGUUCCUGAGUAACAGCAAAGGGUCUGAGGUGUUUGGGGAAGAGGAUAAGAAAACGAUCAAGAACCACUUUGAUAAAACCCAGAACCACAUUGAAACACUGAUUAUCCAGAUACCUGCUCACACAGGUGAUGAAGGGGUGAAGGUUGAGCCCCCAAAACCGGAGCCCCCCACGAUCGUCAAGAUCGUCCCCGAGGUCAAAUCCCAGCCUCCCCCUUCCCAACCCAGCUCCACCCUCAGCCUCAGCCUGCUCCAUAGUCUGCAAGAGAUUCGACGCAGGCUGGAGCUGGCCGAGUCCGGUCUCACCAGUCACCUCCACGUUCACCUGGGGGACAACAGUGUGCACGAGUGCUCUGUGCACAUCCAGCAGCUGGAGAGUGUGAACCAAGACCUGGACUCCAUUCAUGAUGAGUACCUGCGACUGAGAGCAAAGAUUCUAAAGCAGCUGGCUGGGAUACCUGCAGACUCCGAGCAAGCCAAGUUCCUCCGCUCUGAACUGGAAAUCAUCAACCAGAAACUGGGAGGCCUGCAGGGUCUCUACCCGGCCUACCAUCAAAGGCUGUCGGCUCUUAAGGGGUUGCUCCUGAGCCUUCUUCAGGCUGAAGAUAUCAUUAAAGUCCACGAGACCCGGCUGACGGAGAAGGAGACCACCUCUCUGGACCUUACAGAGGUGGAAAACUAUCGGAGCACACUAAAGCAAAUGAAGAGUGAUCUGGAGCAGAAAAGAGACUUGCUGACGGCCAUGGAGUCUGACCUGGCUAAAGCAGUGCACUGUAAUGGUCAAAUCUCCGAGUCUUUCCACAAGUGUGACGUGGACUUGUCCAAGUACUCAGACCUGGUGGGUCAGAUGUCUGACCGCUGGCGCCGCAUUCAAACUCAGAUCGACAGCAGAGUGUGGGACUUGGAGAAGCAGGAGAAACAGCUGAAUCAUUACCAGCAGAGCAGCACUCAGCUGGAUCAGUGGAUCAACAAUGCCAGGAAUCGCCAGGACAUGCUUCAGUCGGUUAAGCUCAGCGACAUCCAGACUCUGAUGGACCACCUCAACCAACAGAAGGCACUACACACUGAAAUUAAAGGAAAGAAGGAGAAAGUCGAGGUUGUGCAUAGAAAUGCUGACACCUGUGCUACCUCCAUAAAGGACUAUGAGCUGCAGCUGGCUUCCUACAGUUCAGGCCUGGAGACUCUGCUCAAUAUUCCCAUCAAGAGAACAAUGCUUCAGUCCCCCGCUACUGUGGUCAGACAAGAGUCGGCUGACCUCCAGUCCCGCUACAUGGAGCUACUCACCCGCUCCAGUGACUAUUACAAGUUCCUUGGGGAGCUGCUGAAGAACAUGGAAGAGCUGAAGAUCAGGAACACCAAGAUUGAGAUGUUGGAGGAGGAACUGAGACGUCUGAAGGAGGACAUCCAGGAUCGCAACCAGAAAAACAAGUCUCUGGAGGAUGCUUUGGCCCGCUACAAACUGGAUCUCACUCAGUCACAAGACCAACUCAUUUCUAUGGAGGAAGUGAAGAGAGUCUCAGUGAUGAAAGUCAAUACCACCAUGGAGAACCUGGACAGCACAAACAGCCAGCUUCAGGAUCUUAACGACCAGCUGACCCGCAUUAAAUACCAGCUGGAUGAAGAAAAGAGGAAGAGAAGGUUGGCAGAGGAACGCUACACCAGCCAGCAGGAAGAGUACGAGGCGGCGGUUCGCCGCAGACAGAAAGAACUGGAAGAACUCAACUGGGCCAAGAUUGACUUGGAAAAGUCUGUGAAGGACAAGGAACGUGAACUGGAGAGGAUGAAGAUACUGCUGGACGAGGAGGCGGCGCGUCGGCGAAGCGCUGAAUCAGAUAGCUCAAAGGUAAGAACACAGUGUAGCCAGGAGGUUAAUCAACUUAAGCAGACAUACGAGACACAGAUCCACGUCACCAAGACGUCAAUCCUGAAAGCCUCACAACAGAAAGAAGAAGACACGACGGAGCUUAGGCUGCAAGUUGACAGACUCACGUCUGAGAAGAGAGAUCUGGAGGAGGAGCUGAGGAGACUGAGGCAGUCCAUCGCUCACACAGAGGAGCAGAAGAGCAGAGCAGAGCAGGAGGCCAGCCAGCAGAGGUCCUCGGUGGUGCAAGAGACGAGGAUACGCAGCGAGUUGGAGGUUCAGCUGAGAACCCUCAUGCAGCAGGGAGGAGAGGAUGAGCUCAAACUAAAGGAGUCCAUCAAAAGCAAUCAGGAGAAGUCCAGACAAAUCAGCAUGCUGACAUUUAACCUGGAGGAGGAGGGGAAGAAGAGGAGAGCUCUGGAAUUAGAAAUCAGUCAUCUGAAACAGGCUGAGGCCGACCUGAAGGCAAAGAACACCUCCUAUCUGGAGUCCAUUAACAAGCUCAAAGUGUCUGAGCAGGAGAUCCGCAUCACCCGAGUAGAGCUCGAGAAGCAGACCAGUGAGAAAGCCAAGGCCGAGCAGAGCUCUACCCGGCUGCAGAGCCGUAUCCGGGAACUCCAGUGCUCUCUGGAUGGAGCGGGAGCCGAGCUGGAGAAGCAGAAGAAGGCAACCCAGGAGGAGUUCACACGUAGAAAGAGGAUGGAGGCAGAGCUGGAGAGGAUGACGCAUACUUGCAGAGAGCACACCACCACGAUUAGCACAAUGAAAUCCAUCCAGGUAGAAACUUCCAACUAUGAGAGGAAGUUCGAGCAGGAUCGCAGCGCCCUCCAGGAUGCUCUAGACAAGAGUCUGAGGGAGCACAAAGUCACCAAGCAGGAAUUGGCAGCCGUCACGGCCGAGCUGAGGGCGCUCAAACAGAAGCUCCAGCAGGAGCAGGCUCGAAGCCACGAGCUCAACCAACGCAACGAGAGUCUGUACAAGACCAUCGAGGAGAAGAGCCGCCAGCUCUACGAGUACACCGCCGAGAUCGAAAAGCUGAAGACUCUGACGCAGAACCUGACGAAGGAGAGGCUGAGGUUGGAGGAGGAGCUGAGGACGGUCAGGCAGGAGAGAGACGACAUGAAGUUUAACAAAAACGCUACUGAUGGAGAGACUGCCACUCAGAUCUCAGCCCUGCAUGUGCAGCUUCAGAGUAGCACCAAGAGGACCACGGAGCUCCAGGUUCUCAUCAAUGACCUGACCAAGGAGAGAGAAAAGCUCAAAGUGGAAAUAGACAAAUUCCAAAAGCAAUCAAUUGAGACGUCCAUGAUGGUGCAUAGUUCCCAAACCCAAUACAGCGAGCUGGUACUAGAGAGGGACAGUCUGAUGUCCAAGCUCAAACUUCUGGAGCAGGACAAGACCCGUCAUCAGCGCAUAGAAGAGGAGCUCACCCGCAUCAAGCUCACGCUAGACACCGAGCUCCGCAACAAGCAGCGUCUGCAGGAUGAAAAGAACGUCAUCGUCAAGGAUUUCAACUACAUGAAAAGCCAGUAUGAGCUGAGAGAGAGCCAUAUCAGGCAGUUUGAAUCGGACAGAGACAAGGCUGAUCGGGACAGGCUCUCCCUGAAGAGUGACAUCGAGAGGCUUAUGAGGGAGCUGAAGACUGUUGAGGAGAGGUACAAGAGCCGUCUGGUGAUCUCUGAGAAGGAGGCGUCGGACCUGGCUCUCAAGAGAGAUGCUCUGGAGAGAGAGAUAAAGAGGCUGCAGCAGAGACCCAGCACUCUGGGCAAGCAGACCCAGACAGAUGAGAAGGUCCCGACAGUGGAUCCAUCCAAGCUGGUAUUUGACGGCGUGCGCCGCAAAGUCACAGCCCACCAGCUUUGUGACUGCGGCAUAAUCAGCAAAACCACGCUAGACCAGCUCCUGAAGGGGAAAAAGAGCGUGGAUGAGGUCGCUGUGGACAUCCAGCUCAGUCUAAAGGGUACCGGCAUCAUUGCUGGCAUGACGACAGGCUCUCAAGGGAAAAUGCCGUUCACUGAAGCGAAAAACAAGAACCUCCUCACCCCAGAGAGCGCCCUCAUGCUCCUGGAAGCUCAAGCUGCAACGGGCUACAUAGUGGACCCCGCGUUUAAUGAAAGGAUGCCCGUGGAUACUGCCUGCUCACGAGGGAUCAUAGACACAGAUGACAGAGACACCUUGGUGACAGCUGAAGCAGCCAGCACAGGCUUCAAAGAUCCAUACACUGGCAAAAUGUUAUCCGUGGGUCAGGCUUGCAAACAAGGCCGCGUAGACAAAGACACGGCCAUCCGCUUGCUCCAGGCUCAGGAGUCCGUUGGAGGCAUAUUGGACCCUGUUUUGAGUGUGUUCCUUCCCAAAGAUCUGGCCUUGGAUCGCAAUCUUAUCGAUGAGGAGCUCUACAGGGCUUUGGACAAAAAACCCACCUGCUACCUGGAGCCAGCGACGGGAGAGAAGAUCAGCUACAAUGACCUGAGGAAGAAGUGUGCGGUGGAACCUGUUUCUGGCUUGCUCCUGCUCCGUGGUCCAGAGAAGCCCAUGACAGUGAGGGGUCUCCGCGGUGAAGUCAAUGUCGGAGAUCUCGUCGAUGCAGGACUGCUGGAUAAAACUGAAGUGGCAAAGCUCACAACAGGGCAAAUCGAAUCAAAGCUAAAGAACUAUCUCUACGGCUCCACUUGCAUCGCAGGGAUCUACGACGAGGCCAAAGACCGAGUAAUGCCCUUCUAUAAUGCAAUGAAGGAAGGCCUGCUCAUGAGAGGGACCACCCUGGAGCUUCUUGAGGCCCAAGCUGCUUCUGGCUUCAUUGUUGAUCCAGUCAACAAUGUGUUCUUGACAGUAGAAGAGGCCGCAAAGAGAGGCCUGAUAGGAAACGAGUUUAAGAACAAGCUGCUGUCUGCAGAGAAGGCGGUAACUGGAUACAGAGACCCAUCCACAGGAAAGACAAUCUCCCUCUUCCAGGCCAUUGAGAAAGAUCUUAUUGAGAAAGGACAUGGAAUCCGUCUUCUUGAGGCCCAAAUUGCUAGCGGCGGUAUUAUUGACCCCAAACACAGCCACCGCAUUGACGUCGCUAUUGCCUAUAAAAAGGGAUAUUUUGAUGAGGAGAUGAAUGAGAUCCUAACUUACGAAGGAGAUGACACAAAAGGGUUCUUUGACCCUAAUACUAAGGAUAACCUGACAUAUCUUCAACUUAAGGACAGGUGCAUGACAGACAGCAAGACAGGCCUCAUACUCCUGCCGCUGAAAGACAAGAAGAAGCCCCAGAAGGUGCAGGAGAGCCGCACCAAUGUCCUCCGCAAGAGGCGGGUUGUGAUCGUUGACCCAGACACUGGGCUGGAGAUGUCAGUGAGGGAGGCCUAUCACAAGGAGCUAAUCGACUACGACACGUUCCUGGACUUGUCGGAGCAGGAGUGUGAGUGGGAGGAAAUAACUAUAAAAGGGUCUGAUGGCUCCUCACGUUUGGUGAUAGUGGACAGGAAAACAGGAACCCAGUAUGACAUCCAGGACUGCCUGGAACGCGGUGUCGUUGAGCAGAAGUCUUUGGAUCAGUAUCGUGCCGGAACGCUAACCCUGACCCAGUUUGCAGACCAAAUUACCAGCAGAACCAGCAGUGGCGAGAUGACCAUCUCAGCCCUCAAUGUUGAUGACAUGGUCACCUGCAGCAGUCCCACCCAGGCGGCGCCAUCCUCUCCUACCGUUCGUAAACGCUUCAACAGUAUCUCUAUCACUGUUUCUCCCCCUGAGCUGUUCGACGACCAGAGCCCCGUGGCGGCUAUAUUCGACACCGAGACCUUGGAGAAAAUCACCUUGUCUGAAGGGCUCAGAAGAGGCAUAGUUGACACCAUUACAGCACAGAGGCUGCUGGAAGCCCAGGCAUGCACGGGCGGUAUUAUCAACCCCGCCACUGGCGAGAGACUGUCGCUGCAGGAUGCCGUCCAUCAGAGCAUCAUUGACGACAGCAUGAGCGCCAAGCUGAGGCCUGCCCAGAAAGCCUACCUUGGGUUUGAAGACGUGAAGACUAAAAGAAAGAUGUCCGCAGCCGAGGCGGUGAAGGAGGCGUGGUUGCCCUACGAAGCUGGCCAGAGAUUCUUGGAGUUCCAGUACCUGACAGGAGGCCUGAUAGAGCCCGGAAGUGGACGCCGCAUCACCAUCGAAGAAGCCAUCCGCAGAGGUUGGCUGGAUGGUCAGGGGGCCCAGAAGCUUCAGGAUACACGGAACCAACAGAAGAACCUGACCUGUCCCAAGACAAAGCUGAAGAUCUCCUACAAGGAAGCCAUGGACAGCUGCAUGGAGGAGACAAGCAACGGUAUGAAGAUGCUGCCGGCCACCUCGAUGUCCACCAAGGGGAUCAGCAGCCCUUACAAUGUCUCUAAUCCCGGAUCUCGUUCUGGGUCCAGGGCCGGUUCCCUCGUCGGCUCCAGGAGUGGGUCUCGUAGAGGCAGUGUGGAUUACUCUUCCACUUACAGCUAUAGCUUCUCCUCCAGCAGCACCAACACUCAAUCUUAAUACACAACAUAGAAAAUAGAAUGAAACUAGACUAGUUAUUACCAGCAGUUUUUAUAACAGUUUGCUUUUCUAAAUGCUUUUCUGAUUAUGAGAUUUGGGGAGGUUUGUUUAAAUACUAAUGCUGAAUUCAUUUAAGUGUUUUGAUUGUUUGCAAUUUUUGGUGAUUUGGUGUUUCAAUAUUAAACUUAAUGCAUAGUAUAAUUAAUAUUCUCAAGCACAAUGAAUAUAUUUGUCAUAGCUCAUUUUAAUAUAUGGCUUUUUUUUUUAGAAUUUAACAAUUUGUUAUUUCAAAAUAUGCUUGUUCACCUCAGCUUCAGCGUGCACUAAGAAUUAAGUUUGCUUUUUUUAUUUGUAGUUUUUUUGCAACUUGACUUAUGUAUGUGUUCAUUUAUUUUUUGAAAAAAAAAAAAAUUGUUAAUUGCAAAUACUGAGGUUUGGCUUAAAAUACUGACUUGACAAUGUAAUGAUCAUCUAUGAAAAUUCCUUGCCACUAAAAUGUUAUUCUCACGUGAUUGAAAAUAAAGUUGUCAUAACAAUUUUGA